AUGGAUUCAAUACCGCUGGGCCAUAAACAUCUAACGGAAGAUUUAACAGAUCACGAUGACCAACCUCUCCUAGAUGACUUCGAAUCGUCAAAUCUACAAUCAUCCCGAUUCCGUACCCCAAAGUGGCUCUGGGGUCUGCACAUUCUUCUUUUCAUUUUGUCUUUCACCAUUCUGAUAAUAUCCUGGCGUCAAUCUUAUCCUACUGAUUCUACAUGUGCAAAACAAUUAUCAGCAUAUUCCCCCUUCACAGGUCUAGUGGAAUAUGAGACUCGUCGGUUCCACGGGGCGCUUUCCGAUACAAACCCAUACAAAGGACCCCCAAAUCCUCGACUGGAUGCCGAGUGGAAACGUAUCACUCAUAUGGGCCAGCUGAAAAUUUCAGCAAAGGAUAUGACGGGUUUGAGGAAACCACUCUCCCAAGUCAAGGUUGUUGAGUCAGAGGGCGAUGGAUAUGCGGUUGGCAUAGAAGUGUUUCAUCAGCUUCACUGCCUUAAUCUCAUUCGACAGUAUGUCUAUUUUGACUACUAUUCCAAGGAGGAAAACAAACCAGCGGAGUUUUCAGACUCAAACCAGACUGUUCGACUUCACAUUGAUCACUGCAUUGAUAUUUUGAGGCAGGUUAUACAGUGCAACGGCGACGUGGGGGUUGUAACUCGAAGCUGGGUGAAAGGUCGCACUAUCAACUACCCAGAUUUCAAUGUAUGGCACAAGUGUCGUAAAUUGGAGCCCAUAUUGCAAUACGCAAUGGAACAUGAGAUCGAAGCUGAGCCUGUGAAAAACUCGGAUUCAGUCGAGCUUUCUGAGCCACCAUGCACGAAUGCUGCGCCGGGUGAAGUCUGCCCGUGA